GCCCCUUACACCAACGUAAUCAUGCCUAGCCUGUUCGGCAUCAUCUGUUUCCUUGGCAUAGUUGGGAACCUAAUUGUGAUCUAUACCAUCAUCAAGAAGAAGAAGCUGAGAUGCAAGCAGACCGUCCCUGAUAUCUUCAUUUUCAACCUCUCCAUUGUGGACCUCCUCUUCCUGUUGGGAAUGCCUUUCCUUAUCCACCAACUCCUUGGCAAUGGUGCCUGGUAUUUUGGAGCUCCUUUAUGUACAAUCAUCACCGCUCUGGACACCAACAGCCAGAUCACCAGCACCAAUAUCCUGACAGUAAUGACCCUGGACCGUUAUUUGGCAACUGUUUAUCCCCUGAAGUCCACUUAUGUCCGUACUCCAUGUGUGGCAGCCUUGGUUAUUGGCCUGGUGUGGCUCCUUUCCUUCCUGACCAUCAUUCCUGUAUGGAUGUAUGCAGGGCUAAUGCCUUUGGAGGAUGGGACUGUCCGCUGUGCUCUUUUGCUUCCCAACCCCGAGACUGAUAUUUAUUGGUUCACCCUUUACCAGUUCAUGUUAGCUUUUGCUAUUCCAUUGUUCAUCAUCUGUGUGGUCUACUUUAAGAUUCUCCAGCAUAUGGCUACCACCGUAGUGCCCUUACCUCAGAGGAGUCUCCGGGUACGUACCAAGAAGGUCACUAGAAUGGCUGUUGCCAUAUGCUCUGCCUUUUUCAUUUGCUGGGCACCCUUCUAUAUCCUCCAGCUGGUACAUCUUGGAAUAGACAACCCCUCUAUUGCCUUCUUCUACGCCUACAACUUUGCCAUUAGCUUGGGGUACGCCAACAGCUGCCUCAAUCCUUUCCUCUACAUUGCUCUGAGCGAGACCUUCAAGCGUCAGUUCAUGGUGGCCAUCCGUCCAGCCAAGGAGCAGUUUCGAGUGAACAACAAUAACAACAGCACAACAGAAGCCAGUGUGUGCCUGAAGCUUGCACCCGAAUCUACCCAGCAGACUCAGUUUCUGGAAGACUUUUCUCCUCACUCAAUGCCUGUGACUGUUGCUGUUCACUAG